AUGAAAUCAAUUCAAUCGGGGUCCAUGCACAGACGCAGUGAUCGUUUGUUUCCUAUUCAUCCGCAUAAUUUAGAUAAAGUUAUACAAGAUGAAUGGAAUACAAUUAUACAGUGGUUAUGUGAUGUUUUAUCGUCUGGUGAUAUCAUGUGUGAAAUUAAUCCAGUAUUUACUACUAUUCAAAGAUUUAUCAAUAUAUUUGGAAUGCGUUUAUCCAAAACACAGCGCAUUGCUUUAAUUCGUCUAACUGUAGCUUAUAUAUGUUGUCCAAAUAUUGAUACGCAUGUUAUAUUCAAUGCGUUAGAGCUUUUAAACAAGUUGAUGAGGUAUGAUUAUAUAUGUGUAUGUGCAUUUACUCAAAUACUUAAUGUUUCAAUCACUUUGCAUUUUUAUCAGUCAUAG